AUGCCUAAUAGACCAUCCUUCCAAUUUCGAUCCAUGCAUUCAAAUCAGUCCACUUGUUCAAAUCAAGGUGGUCGAUGUGAGUCAACUGGUAACGACGGCGCGCGACACGACUUGAGCAUGAGAUCUACCGUAGAUACGAAUCUUACGAGAUCCUUUUCUGUUAGCAGUGAAAUAGUCAUGCAGAGAAAAAUAUUGCAAAAGAACAAAUUCUUCAAACAAUAUGGUAUUGUGCCAUACUCUGCAAACACUGAGCAGAACGAGGAGAAUAGUAUGACAUGGCGAAGUCAGCCAAUAAAAAAAGGGGCCGCAUGGUUCAAGGGAAUGAGAAAGAGCAAACCAGUUGAUAGCCUUAUCACUCUGAAAGACUCUUCCAUUGGAUUGCUCCGUUCCGGUCGUGAAUCUCCUCGUGGAUACGCAAAGAUGUUCGAUGGGGAUGUUUUGAGAUCGAGUAUAGAACAAUAA